AUGGAGAGUACAGCCCCUACAACCGACACGAUACCCGUGGAAUCUCGUCAGGAGAAGGUCUAUGUCGAGAAGCCUGGUUUGACCGCCAUUGCUGAGCCGUUGAAGCUUUUCAAGCUCCUAAACUUGCGUGCUUGGCUUGAAAGAUGGCAUUCCCGGACUGGCUUUUUCAACACCAGAUGCGACGAUCUGGAGAGUAGCAAGCAUCAUACUGCCGAGGAGACAUUAUCUGAUAUGACAACUCCGGGGGCCGGUGGGGGCCUCGUCCAGCCAGAGCACUCGGAGUUUGACCGUGAGAACAUUCAACGAAUUCGCAGGAAGGAAGUUCGAGAAGCCUACCCACGCCAUGUGGAUGUCUUGGGGCGCCUAAAAGUCUGCCGUAAUUGGUCUAAACACGAUGAGCCAUCUCUUUACAAGGCCCUCUUAAUCAGUCUUGGAAUUCGGAGACGUCCUAUCCCACCCUCGAUCAAGGAAGUGAUUGAAUUAGCAUGCUUUUUCUUCCCUCGAAGGCCACACCUUCGAGCAUCAAUCUGCGACUUUGGUGAAAACGAUUGCCAGCGAUAUGAAGUCUUUUUAAAAGACAUUCGGGAAUAUUCGGUGAAAUGUCGUUGGAUUCACGUGCCGUCAGCUUGGAACGCAUACACUGAUACCAUCAAGGCGAGCUUCUUGGAGUGCGAAUCAGGCAUCGUCAAGUCUCAGGACACAAAACACGCCUUCGUUACCAACAGUCUAAAUGUUCUAAGUGUCCGAAGAAUGGACUAUAUAAAGGAUCAGCUUGACGUGUACAAUAUCCUAAUCGGGUGUGUCGGAUUACAUCCUUAUCUCAAUGAUCUAGAUCACCUUGUUCUCUCGCCUGACAGUAAGGAUUCGUUUCCAGGCAGAUUCAAGGCUACAUACUGGCAGAGUGUCUGGACUGACAUUCCGGCCCAACUUGCGGACAUAUUUCCAAGCAAUGACUUUGAUGCAUUACCGUCCUCCCCGGUGAUGCAUUCCCCAGGACGAGUAACCUCUCAUGCAUAUUUUGGUAGGUUCCUUGUGUGCGACACGUACAGUAGCUGGUCCAGAAAAGAUGGUAGCAAUUCUGUGUCCUCCAGGCGGCAACAAGACUGA